AUGGAAGGCCAUAGAAAUCAAGGAAUUUCUCAGCAUGCACUCCAAGAACAAGCAGCAAUAAUGCAAAGCUUUGCACGCCAAUCUCACAAAUGCUUUAUGAAAUGUGUUCAAAAGCCUUCCAGAAGUCUUUCAUCGACUGAAGAUCGUUGCUUAACAAAUUGUGUGGAUAGAUUUUAUGAUACACAGCAAUUUUUGAUUGAAAGACUACAAGGAUUAGCCCAGAAAGAGCAAGAAAAAGCAGGAAUGGUCAAUCAUUAA